AUGAAGAUAUCUGAACAAACAUGGAAUGAUCUGUUGAUGACACCGAACGUGUCUGGUGUCACACAUGUCAAAUAUACCGAUAAUGAAUGGUUGAAUGAACUGAUUCAAUGUAUUGUUCAUGGCUCUUACGAGAAAUUCUUUGUUGAAAAUCCGAAUCUAAGAGAUUUUCUUCAGAAUGACUCUCAACGGAAUGAAAUCAUGACGAGAUUAAAUCACGAUCAAGAAUUGAUCGAUCUGCUACAUUCUCUUAUCGGUAUUGCAUAUCUUCAAUUGUUCGUGAUCAAUAAUUUUCUUGGACCCAAAACUGAACUUACUAAAUCCGAACAGUCAAUCUCCGAAACAACAAUCAACGAAGCAUUGAUGCGCGACGGAGAAACUCCCGUGGCAACAGCUGAUAAUCUCGAGUAUUUAUAUCAAGCAGAAAGAAUAUUUCAUAUCGGCAGAAGUACACAUUGGACGGACCAUUGGUGGAUAAUGCGAACCUUAUUUGUUCAUCAGAAGAUGAUCGAAGAACGUUCAAUGACCUUGUAUGAUCAUAUUCAACAGUGCAUUGAUAAGCUUCUUACUCACCAAUCUGAAAUGACUAAAACGCAGAAAUUGUUAUUUUUCAUCGAAAUGUCCUAUGCAUCUCAGUUUUACUACAACUGGAAGCAAGCAGAUCAAGCCAGAAAUCAAGCUCUUGAACUAUCUGCUCUAGAAGUUAAUUUAACUGGACAACUCGGCAAACGAACUCGGUAUCAGAUCAAAAACACAUCUCAAUUACUUGUUGAUAUAACACGCAAAGAUUCGCAUGAAACAUCUAUUAAUAAUAAUAAAGCAAAUGAAGAAACGAUGAUAUUACCAAAAAACAUGACAUUGAAUGAUGAUGUCGUUCUAAAUCAAAUUCAAUUUGAAAAUGGCAAUGAAUAUCAAAAUCAAACGAUUCAAUUAGAUGUUCUCGAACAGUUAACUUUGUUAUUGAUUAUAUACGAUCGACAAGUGAAUAGUCCAAAACACGAAAUUACCACAGAAGAACAAUUAGCUUUUCUAACAUAUAUAUUGGCACGUCCAAGCAAUUGGUGUGUUCAAACAUGUUCACUAACACUACGUUGUCAACAUGAAACUGAAAACAAACGCAAAAUCGAACGAACACUGUUACAACUCCAGGAACUAAUCGAUCAAUUCGAUCACAAGGAACCACCAAGUUCCUUUCGUUUACAACAUUUCUAUUCAACAUCGGUUUAUCCAACGUGGAAAUUAAAAUACGACGUUGCCAACACCUAUGUGAAGAUUGGUUUGCUGAACAGUGCACUUGAUCUGUAUCUAUAUUUAAAGAAAUGGACAGAUGUGAUCAUGUGUUAUCAAUCAAUGAAGAAACUCUCAUUGGCCGAACAUGUUAUUCGUGAACAAUUGAAAAUCAAAGAAACUCCUGAUCUGUUGUGUUCUUUGGGAGAAGUGACAGACGAGUUUGAAUAUUUUGAACGUGCGUGGACGUUGAGUAAGGAAAGAAAUGGACGUGCACAACGUUUGAUGGGAAAAUAUUAUUUCAAUCGAGGAAAUUAUGAAAAAGCUUGUGAACAUUUAUGCAAAGCAGUCGAAAUCAAUUCUUUGCAACAUGAUACAUGGUUUUGGCUGGGCAGUUCCGCCUUUCGAACAGAAAAAUGGGAAUUAGGUGUGCGAGCGUACAGUCGUUGUACUAACAUUGAACCAGAUAACUUCGAAGCGUGGAAUAAUUUGGCUGCAUGUCAUACAAAACUGAAGCAAAAAGAUAAAGCCCAUAAAGUUUUUAUGGAAGCAAUUAAAUACAAUUAUGAUAAUUGGAAGGUCUGGGAGAAUUUUCUCUGGACGAGUGCCGAUUGUGGAGAAAUUGAAGAUGUCAUCCAAGCUUAUCAUCGUUUGAUUGAUUUAAAGACAAAAUACGUUGAUAAAGAAGUAGAAUUAGAUUGUCCUGGACGAGGAACGUCAAAUAAAUCAGCUUUUGUGUCACAGGUACUGCAACGAUUGGUACAUUUACUAGCCGAAAAUGAUCACGAUGACAUGUGGACGAAAAUCUAUCAAAAAUCCUUAGAACUAUUCGGAAGAUUAUCUUCUCAAGUUACGAAUGAUGCAGAUGUUUGGGAAUUAUACAGUGACCUGUGUCAAUUGAAAACCGACGACACUUCCAUUGAAUGGCAUUCCAAAAUUUUACAAAAUCUUCAACGAGCGCAUCGUUGCGCUGUUAGUCAAACAUCUGGUUGGGAGAAUGAAAUCAACACAAUCAACGAUAUACUGAAACUAUCAAUUAAACUCGCGAAUACGACAAAUGACAAACUAGCUGGACAUCAGGACGAUGAAUCAUUCAAGCAACUGUGUCAUUCGAUUCGGUUAGCCUUGAAUUCUGUUAUGACACGUUUAAAACAGAAGUACGAUUCAUCACUGUUGACAACAAACGAAACGAUGACUGAGCAUAUUCAACAACUUGAAAAAUUACUUUCUCAAUUGACUCAUGUGUUAAUUAAAAGUUAA